AUGAUUUCAGGUGAACGUGGCAGACUUAAAGAAAAUGUAGUGCCGUCCAUCUUCCAGUGGACACAGACCCCUAGCCCCAGAAGAAAAAGAGAGCCAAAACAACCAGAUGAUGCUACACAGGGCACCAUACUUGAAGCCUACAAUGGACAGCUAGGAUCUGAGGUCACUGUGUCAACACACCAUGAGUCGGCUGAACUGGUACCAGAACCAGAAGAUUUGGAACCUCAAGCGGAGGGAACACAGUGUACAAUCUUGGGGAGAUGUACAAUAGACAACUUCAGGGAUAACCCCAAAGCUAUCAAUUAUUACACUGGAUUCACUGAUUUCAACCACUUUAUGUUCUUUUUCAACUGUUUAGGGCCAGCAGCAACUGAUCUCAUUCAUCAGUUCACUUCCUUAUCACCUCAUGACCAAUUCUUUUUGACAAUGAUGAAGCUUAGGCAGGCAAAGGAAGACUUUGAGCUAAGCAUGAUGUUUGAAAUCAGUGAAUCCAGUGUAUCAAAAAUCAUUGUUACGUGGAUUAACUUUAUGUACUUUCAGUUGAAAGAAUUAUCUAUUUGGCCCUCCCGUAGUACUGUUUCUGACCAUAUGCCGCAAGACUUUGGUAAGAAAUUCAAAAACACACGAGUCAUUUUAGAUGCUACCGAGGUCCCGAUUCACAAGCCAUCCAAUGUCAAUGCACAAAGCUGCACCUGGUCCAGUUAUAAGCACAAAAAUACUGUAAAAACUAUGAUUGGUUGUACGCCUAGGGGUGCAGUUUCCUAUGUAAGUCCAGCUUAUGGCGGAUCAACAAGUGAUCGUCAGAUAAUGGAAAACUCUGAACUACUGGAUCCGAAACGUGACAUGUUUGAUAAGGGAGAUAGUAUUAUGGCUGAUAGAGGUAUUAUGGUGCAAGAUCUAUUUGCAACUCAAGAUGUUUUUGUAAAUACUCCUUCUAUGUUACGUGGAAAAUCUCAACUUGAACCCCAAGAUGUAGUCAAAGAUCGCAGAAUUGCAUCUAAAAGAAUACAUAUUGAGAGAGUAAUUGGUCUCGGCAAACGUUACAAAAUAUUAAGUACUCCUCUUCCAGCCAGUAAACUGAAACUUGGAUCAAGAAUUAUAUACAUAUGCUUUUCUCUCUUAAAUUUUAGGCCAUGCAUUGUUGACAGAUUUGCCUAA